AUGGGGGAGAAACGGGCGCACUCCUUCCACAUGACAUGCCACGUGCAGCGUGACUAUGGCAGCAGAAUGGGGAGCUCCUUCAUAAGUUGCAGUCCCAAUGGAUACGCCAGCAACAGCCUCAGCUUCGACCAGGAGAUGGACGCUGACCACGCAGCCAUGACGGGCACUACUGCCCAACGGGCUCCUGAACCUGGCAGAAGCCACUUCUCUCCUGUUUCAAUGGAACUGGACCCCGCAGCGGUGAAUAACGGAGCAGACACAAAGGACCCAGCGUUGCAGAUGUUACACAACCUGCCCUCGACCACCUCCGUCCCACUACCUCUCCCUCGUUCGAGCUGGAUGCAUCAUCACCAAAAGGAUUUCCAGAGCCCGUACAUCAAUACUAGCAUGCAGGGGGAUGUUUACAACUUCCUAGAGAGACCUGCUGGGCUGAAAUGCUUCCUCUACCACUUCCUUGUCUUCGUCAUGGUCCUGGUGUGUCUCAUCUUCAGUGUCUUGUCAACUAUAGAGCAAUACGCAGACUUCGCCACUGGAAGCCUCUUCUGGAUGGAGAUCGUGCUGGUGCUGUUCUUUGGCACGGAGUACGUGGUGCGGCUGUGGUCGGCAGGCUGUCGCAACAAAUAUUCAGGCAUCAAAGGACGCCUCCACUUUAUCAGGAAGCCCAUAUCAAUCAUAGAUUUGAUAGUGGUCAUUGCCUCAAUCAUUGUGCUCGGUGUCGGGUCCAAUGGCCAAGUCUUUGCCACGUCUGCCAUCAGGGGCAUCCGGUUCCUCCAGAUCCUGCGCAUGCUGCACGUGGAUCGGCAGGGGGGAACAUGGCGGCUCCUGGGAUCUGUAGUCUUCAUUCAUCGACAGGAGCUGAUCACGACUCUGUACAUCGGAUUCCUGGGCCUGAUCUUUUCGUCCUACUUUGUCUACUUGGCGGAGAAGGAUGCUGUGGAUGAGGAGGGCAAGACGGGCUUCUCCAGCUACGCUGAUGCCCUGUGGUGGGGCGUGGUGACUGUCACCACCAUCGGCUAUGGAGACAAAAUUCCUCAAACGUGGGUCGGCAAGGCCAUUGCCUCUUGCUUCAGCGUCUUCGCCAUCUCCUUCUUUGCUCUGCCGGCUGGUAUCUUGGGCUCAGGUUUUGCUCUAAAGGUUCAACAGAAGCAGAGACAGAAGCAUUUCAACAGACAGAUUCCUGCUGCAGCCUGUCUCAUUCAGACACUGUGGAGGUGUUAUGCAGCAGAGAAACCAUUCGGCUGUGCUACUACAUGGAAAAUGUACGUCCUGACUCCACAGGCUGUCACCAAAGUGGAAUCUGACAACUCCAGUCCUAACAUUAGGAAACUGCACCUAUCGAAAAGGGGAACCAAGAGGAGGCUGAAGUCCAGUGGUAAUAGUUCAAUGCGUGAAGCGUCAGAGAGAGGCAUAUCCAUCCCCCAGAUCACCUACGAUCACAUCGAUGACUCAGAGGAGAAGAAAGAUGGCACCUUUUUCUUGGAAGAGCCGAGGGGGAAUGCCGAAGGAAUCAACAGGAUGCUCAGACAAACAGGCCCUCAUCAUCAUUCUUGGUCGUCUUUUGCUCAGAGCUGUCCUGGCUCUCCAGUGAGGAGGAAUCACGACAACAACACCUCCAUCGACAUCUCCCGCACCAGCAGCAUAACCGAUGAGCUCGACUACAUGGGUGAGGACGUUCCCCUGCCAGUGGUGACGGACAAAACCCAUCUUUUGACCUGCCCGUUCGUGGCAUCGCUCCAGGACUCUUUCUCCACACACCACUUGAAUUCCACAAGGUUGUCCCAUGCCCAGAGGUCAGCUGUCAAAGUCCUCCGCAGGAUGCAGUACUUUGUGGCAAGAAGGAAAUUUCAGCAAGCCCGGAAACCCUACGAUGUGCGGGACGUGAUGGAGCAGUAUUCCCAGGGUCACCUCAACAUGAUGGUCCGCAUCAAGGAGCUACAGAGAAGACUGGACGGCACUCUGGGAAAACCAGGAAUGUUUCUUCCAGGAAAAGGGGAUGAUAAAGAAUACCCGACCGUUGGAGCAAGACUGAUCAGGCUAGAAGAUAAGGUUCAUCAGAUGGACCAGAAGAUGGACUCAGUCCUGCGGAUUCUAAAGGAGCAGUUCUCGCCCAAACCGGAGCUGAGGUCCAAGCCCUCCAUCCGCAGGGUGACCAUCCAGAAGUGCAUGGGUGCCAGCAUCGAUGACGGGCCCUGAUCUCAUGGAGACGGCACGCUGCUGGGUAUGAUGAUGUCAUUACCAAAGGACAAUUAAAGGGCACUAGGACACAUACACAGCCUGGCCUCCAAUACAGGGGGCUUGCGCAAUCUGAAUUUUCCGAACUGCAUUCCCACUAUUUCUUCGGAAACUCCAAGGCCUUCGACCCCUAAGAAGAGAACAACCUGAUGCAUAGAACCACAGAGAGUGGUUUGGUAAGACAGUUGACUUUCUGAUGAUUAUAGGCCUGGAAGGAUCUUUCUUUUUCUACAUGCACCUCCGGCACCUGCAUUGUGGGCCCUCUGUCUUUUCCUUGCAGCGACAAGCCACAUGAAUUUAUUUCACUACAUUAGCCUCAUAAUCACACCACUCAGUUGAUGGUAAUUUAUAUGUGGCCUGUCACUGAGCUGCAUUCCUGCACUCCAAAUAUUAUUCCAAAGCUAACUAACCCAGUAAUGAAGCCGUAAUGCAAUCAAAGCAGCCGAGUUCCCCAAAGACACAGAGAAAAACCCAGAAUCCAGCCAUGGCAGAGGCAUUCCUCAAAUCCGUCUGAUUAUCUUGGCACCGUCCACACCAAGUACACAACAGGGUUAUUUCUAUAGCCACAUAUCCAUCUAGCCUAACUGAACUUAGGCUGCGGCGGCUGUUUGUUAGUAGUGAUCAAAUAACACGAGGAGGGAAAGGCAGAUUAUCUGUUGACUUUGCCUGCGUUACAGGGACCGGAAGGCUGGAGUAAAAAGAAAUGGAACUGGAUAAAUGUGUGCGGGGUGGUUAACGCCUUGCUGAUUUACAGCUACGUUUGGGCUAAUAAAAAUAACCAAACUGCCAAGACAGGGCCUGGUGCUGUGCUACAGAAAUACAGUCAGAAGUUAUGGCACGGGCUCUGUUUGCUCAAGGUUUUCACCGGGAGAUUGCAAAUGCAUCUCGAUCUCAGGCUGCACCAGGACCAGGCUUAAUAUGCUCUAUUACCCUUUUCGGGGGGGAGGGGGGCUCACUCUGCUGUGUGCAAUUUGAAAUAAAUUUGCCCCCAUUAGACCUCUGAUUAUUUAUUUUUCUCUUGUGAGCUAAUGAAGUGCUGAAUUCCUUGUAAGGGGAGAUCACUCACUGUGAGCUUCUAAUGAAAAGAAACACUGGAAAAUGUGCAGAAUUCAAGCUCCGAGGAGCGGGCGCACCGAUUCUGUGCGAAACGUUUGGGAAAUAUCAGGCUACCGCCGAGAGCCCACAUUUCGGAUAAAAAGACAAUGCUCUCACUGUGCUCCCGUACUCAUCGUAUUUAUCUGACUGGACACAGAGGCAUGUAGGAAAUAGAAAAUAGAAAAUAACAUAACUAUGUAGCUACUGUUUGAAAGGCCUCCCGUAAUUAUAGCAUUCACAUUCCUAAAAAGUCAGAUGCACACACAAAAGACGGGAUGAACAAAUGGACGGGGAGAGGAGAGAGUGAUUCUCUUCACCAGCAUAUAUUUUCAAUUUUUGCAGGGAUUGACUAUUAUUUAUCUUCCAUGAAAUGAAGCGGUUGUAUUUUGAAUAAACUCUAAUGUUGUCACAGACCUUGAUACAUAUCUGCCUGUCUGAUCUGCUGUACAGUUUUAUAAGAGAUGUAAAUAGAAACAUUGCCUUAUUGUACUGUAUUUAUUAUCAUGUGGAAAGAUCAACCUGGACCAUGUCUGCUUGUCGGUGUGAUGAGAAACACAGGCCAAGGGCUCCCGUUGUACAGAUGGAUGGAAAUGAUUGUAAAUGAUAUUCAAGCAUACCCUCUGCAAUGUGGCUCUGCUGUAAAUAAUAAAACUCCCAUUUCAUUA